AUGCGGAAAAUGAAUAAAAAUACGAAAAUAAUGGCUACAUCAACCGACAGCCAUAAACCAGUCCUCGAUACGACUACUACUAAAGAAAAAGUUUCGGUUGCUAAUAAGGCUUUUGAACCAAAACAUAUUAAUGGAUUCGAAAAGAAAUCGUUUGAUAGUAAAAAGGAAACUCUUCAAGCUGUAAAGCUUAAUACUGUGAAAGGUGUUAAAAAAGAAAAGUCGAGUGUUUCGAGUGAAGAAAAAUUUGCUGAAUUUAAUGGAAGUAAUUUGGGAGGAUUAAUGGAAGAGAAGGAAAUGACUAAGAAAAAUGAGGAGGAAAAGUUGAAGAAGCACCCUCAUAAUUUGAAGAAGCAACAAGAAGGAAAGGGAGGAAAGUCGGGAGAGAAGAGCGGGGAGAAGGGAGUGGAAUAUUACAAAAAUUAUAUAACCAAAAAAGUAGCAAAAUUGACCAAAGAAAUUUUUGUUUAUGAAACUACCACCACUAAAACCGAAAAAAAUGAGGAAAACGUUCUGCUCGCAACAGAUUUGUUGAUGAACAUUCCUCAGACGAAGAGAGAGAAUUACAAAACUAAAGCAGCGGAAUUAGCUUUUGCUUUAAAUGUUUGUGAAAAGUUUAUUGAACAGAGAGGAUUUGUUGAAGUUUCUGAAGUUAUACUAAGAAAGCAUGCCAAUCCACAUCCAGAUUUUGGCACUUUUGUUAGAGAGCUUAAAUUAAUCCCGAAUCUUUGGGCACUUCUUGGAGUUAAAAAUGGAUAUAAACAAGAAAAUUACUACCAAUAUGUUGAGGGCACGUUUGAACGCCUCUCAAAUUUGUUACGCCAAGGAAGUCAUUACCUUCUGUUUGACCUUACUACUGAAACUAAGGAGCUGUACAAAAUGAAAGAAGAAGCACAAAAGAAAUUGGAAUUGACUAAAAGAUUGUUCAAUGCCUUACAAGUUGUUUUGUACGAAACCAACAACCUUCUUGAUUGGGAGGAAUACUACAAUGAAGCUACAAAGGAGGAGGAAAAUAAUGAGGAGAAGGAAAAGGAUGGGAAGGAAAAAGAAGCUUGA